UAUAUAUGUAUAUAAAUGUAUGCGUACAGCAUAUGAUAGCGUGACAUAUGACAGCAUAUGUGGCCCAUUUGAUGUUUGCCUCUAUGUGCAUUUUCGCACAUACGUUAGAUAUUUCUUUGAAUUUUUGGUGGCUGUGAGAAAAAAUGGCAUCCAAUUCCGGAUUUAAAACUGAUCGGCAUGCCGGUGGCGACCAACAGGAGAAGGAUAUUUUAUUAUCGUCUGAAGAAGAUGAACACUAUGACUUAAUUAACGAGAAGGGCGAUUACGGCGCAUCGACUAAAUCAAUCGCUCAUGAGAUUACAAAAGAAUUAAUUGCCAGAGAAUCCGAACACAAUGUUGUACAGAGUUCUGAACCAACAACGCAGUCUUCGUACACAUUGUCAACAAUAAUGAACACAGGAGACAGUUAUGACAAUGAUGGCAAGAUAAGAAGCGCGGAAUCUUCUGAUAGUGAAGUUUUUCUAAUCGAUGAAGAUUCCGAUAUCCAGAAUAAAAAGAGUAGUGUUGGCAAUGUGAACGAAUUAUUGAAAGGACAAUAUGAUUCUACUAUUGAUGAAAGGUUGCCAGAAACUGUAACAUUAUUGACAACACCGGAUGGGGGAAAAUUAUACCUAGUAGGCACAGCACAUUUUAGUGUUGAAAGUCAAAAUGAUGUGUCAAAGAUUAUACAAGCUGUACAGCCUCAUAUAGUUGUGGUCGAAUUAUGUAGAUCCAGAGUAGGUAUACUACAACUUGAUGAAGAAACUAUGUUUCGUUAUGCCAAGAACAUUGAUUUUAAGACUAUCAUGGACACCAUUAAAAGAGAAGGGUUUUAUAAUGGUUUAUUACAUAUCUUAAUGCUGAGAAUGGCGGCACAUGUUGCUAAACAGUUAGGUAUGCCACCCGGUGGCGAAUUUCGUAGAGCAUUUGAGGAGGCGAAGAAGGUGCCCAAUUGUAUUGUUCAUUUGGCCGAUCGACCAAUUAAGAUAACAAUGCAACGUGCGAUAAGAUUGUUAUCUUGGUGGCAGACUAUAAAACUAGGAUGGCAUCUGGCAACAAUGAAGGAUCCUAUUACUCAGGAGGACGUAGAGCUCUGUAAAGAACGAUCGAUGUUGGAUCAAAUGAUUGCCAGCAUGGAGGAGGAAUUUCCGGUAUUAGAAAAAGUGUUUGUCAAAGAGAGGGAUAUUUACUUGACGAAUUCUCUUCAAUUAUCCUGCAUGCCCCAUCACACUGCUAACCAUACUGUCGAGCCAGCACGAGUUGUAGGAAUUGUCGGCUUAGGACAUACACGCGGUAUUAUCGAAAAUUGGGGUAAAGUUAAGCCCGCCGAUAUACCACCUAUUAUGAGAGUACCGCCACCGUCGUUGUCGAGUAAAAUCAUAAAACUGACCGUCAAGGUGUCUGUCCUUGGUGCUGUAAUAUACAUAGGCUACAAGAUCGUAGCAAUACCUGCUGCUUCUACUUUUCAAACUAUCAAGUCAUCGGCCGAGGGACUUCUAAAGGUUGGUUCUACACGAUAGGGUUACAC